GUCUAGUUAAAACUCUCGGAGCUCCUUUCAGUUCUCGGGUCACCCAAUAACCCGACUUCUCGACCCGGUUUCGUCUCUGUUCUCAUUUUUUCCAAAUUUCUCUUCCGGAAAAUGAAGAUUUCUAUGGGUUUUUGAGUUUGGAGAUUUUCUCAGUGAAGUUUAUUACAUAAUCAGAUUCGAAGAAGAAGACAUUUCAGCCAUUGAUGGUCUAUUUAUAGACGUAGACUCAGAACUAACCCCACUCGUGCCGGCUUCCUAAAUAGACCAAAGCCUUCAAGAGGAAAAUAAAGCAGAAGCUAGCUAUCUAGUAUCUCAAUAAUCUCAGAUCAUAUCGCUUCAUUUCUCAGAUAUCGAAACACAAAGGUCUGAAAAGGCAGAGAACAACUCAAAAAAGAGACCAAAAAUGUUUUCUUGCAUAGCUUGUACCAAAGCAGACGGAGGUGAAGAAGUCGAACAUGGAGCGCGUGGAGGCACCACUCCCAAUACUAAAGAAGCCGUCAAAAGCCUAACCAUUCAGAUUAAAGAUAUGGCUUUGAAAUUCUCUGGUGCUUAUAAACAAUGCAAGCCAUGCACUGGUUCCUCUAGUAGUCCCUUGAAGAAAGGACAUAGAUCAUUUCCGGAUUAUGACAAUGCCUCUGAAGGUGUUCCAUACCCUUUCAUGGGUGGAAGUGCUGGUUCAACUCCUGCUUGGGACUUCACAAACUCCUCUCAUCAUCCAGCUGGACGGUUAGAAUCAAAGUUCACUUCAAUAUAUGGAAAUGAUCGAGAAUCUAUCUCUGCACAGUCUUGUGAUGUUGUACUGGAUGAUGAUGGACCAAAAGAGUGGAUGGCUCAAGUAGAACCUGGUGUUCAUAUCACAUUUGCUUCUCUUCCCACUGGAGGAAAUGAUCUCAAACGGAUCCGUUUCAGCCGAGAGAUGUUUGAUAAGUGGCAAGCUCAACGGUGGUGGGGUGAGAACUAUGACAAGAUCGUUGAGCUUUACAAUGUACAGAGAUUUAACCGCCAAGCUCUCCAAACGCCUGCAAGAUCCGACGAUCAGUCACAGAGAGAUUCAACGUACUCAAAGAUGGAUUCAGCAAGAGAAAGCAAAGACUGGACUCCAAGACACAAUUUCAGACCUCCAGGAUCUGUCCCGCAUCACUUUUAUGGCGGCUCUAGCAACUAUGGACCAGGAAGUUAUCAUGGAGGACCACCGAUGGAUGCAGCAAGAACCACAACUUCUUCCAGAGAUGAUCCACCUUCCAUGAGCAAUGCUAGUGAAAUGCAAGCUGAGUGGAUUGAAGAGGACGAGCCUGGUGUUUACAUUACCAUCAGACAAUUAUCAGAUGGGACUAGAGAGCUACGUCGAGUCAGAUUCAGCCGGGAACGGUUUGGGGAAGUGCAUGCAAAGACAUGGUGGGAGCAGAACAGAGAGAGAAUACAAACACAGUACCUCUAAGCAAACGAAAUAUUAUGAGUACCAAAAUCUUUAAUUAAUUAAUUAAUCUCCUUCACAUAACAACACAAACUACACACAUUUUGCUUAUCUUUUUGUUCAUCUUAGCUUAACAUCUAUACAUAAAUUAAGUGUUUUGAAAUAUCAUUUCUAAUCAAAGCUGAUUACAUUUACAUAUAAUU